AUGAUGAAAUUUUUUAUAGUAUCAAUUCUAUUCACAACAUUACUCUCAUGUCAAGUUUAAUAUAACAAUGACAUUAAAUUUGAUUUCAGCAAAGUAUAAGCAAAUAAUUUAGCUUAUGGAAAUGAUGGAAAUUCCUUAUACAUAACUUUAUGUGGACUAUUAAAUUAUAAAUGUGAGAAGUCUGAAUCCACUAGAAUCUUAGAAGAAACUAAAUCUGAAAUUAGUAAUACAUCUAAUACAAACACUGAAACAACAACAACUACAUCUACAAGUACAACUGAAAAUAAUACUAAUACAAAUACACCAAUUGAUACAAAUAAAUAAGAUAACAUUAAUAAUAGUGAUACUACCACCUCAACAGAUACAAAUACUACAAAAACAGAUGAUAAAAUAAAUGAAUCUUAAGUCAUAGAAAAUAAAACAGAAGAUAAAGAUGACGAUAAGGAUGAUGCAAAUGUUCUUAAAUAAAUAGAUAAAGAUUAAUCAUAAUCACUUAUUGUUUCAGAAAAGAAUACAUGUACUCCUUACUCUGAAUAAAGCAAUGUAGAUUAAAAUUAAUUAACUUUAUUGGUUGAAAAUAAACCAUUUAAAGGAUUAGUUAUAGAAAGAAGAGGAAUCAUAGAAAAAGAGACUUUUAAAUUAUAAUUGAAAUGUUCUCAAUCAGAUAUUUUGACUAUAGAAGACUCUAAUAAAGAUGGAUAUUUAUUUAUCCUUACUUCAUCAUCUGGUUGUCCAAUAUUAGUUUAUAAUCCUGUUACCUAAUUUUUUAUUGAUUUUAAAUGGCUAUUUACAAUAAUACUUUGGAUAGUUGGAAUAUUUUUCUUAAUUUUAGGAUACUAGUUAGCAUAAUUAUCAUCUAUGAUUCUUGCUUCUUUAAUGGGUUUUGGUUUCACAACUAUUGUUAUUGGAGAAGCCACAUUAAAUAGUGAAUCUAGUAAUGCAGCUUUAUGGGUUGUAAUAGGAUCAGGAGUAUUAGUAGCUUUUAUUUAUUUUAAUGCUUCAAUGUAAAGAUUCUUUUUCCUUUUAUUUAAUUUUGGAUUUAGUGUUGGUUUAAUUUUAUCUUUAAUGAUUCAAUCCUUAUUUUACUAUACAAUUGAAACAGAUAUGAUGUUCUUUCCUUUAUCAAUUUCUAUAGUUGUAUCUGGUGUAAUUCUAGGUUUACUUGGACUUAGAUAUAAUCUUCAAAUGGGAAUUGUAUCUACUUCAUUAGUUGGAGUAAGAAUAAUAUUAUAACUUAGGCUUACUGUUUAAUAAGACCUAUAGGAUUUAUUGCUGGAGGUUAUCCAAAUGAAUUAUUGUUAACUAAAUAAGCUGAAUAUGGAUUUGAUAUAAAUAUUGGUUAUUCAGUUUAUGUUUACAAUAUAAUGAUCAUCUUAGUAGCCAUACUUUGUGGAAUAUACUAAAGAAAAUAACAUCUAAAAAGAGUGGCUCUUGAUGAUUAAUUAUAAGCUGAUAUCAAAUACUAUGAAAUGGGUAAUGUGGAAGAUGAAGAAAAAUAAGUAUAUCUUUUACUUAAUUCUAUAGAAAAGAUAAAGUAAAAAUAGUGAUAAAAAUGUGACAGUCAUUUUUGCAAAACAUCUUGAAAAUUAAGGUGAAGAACUAUAAGAUAAAAAAAGACAUUCACAUUUAACUGGAAGUGAUAUUAAUGAUUGA